AAAGGUGGUGCUAGAUAGUGUGUGUAGGGCGAAGCGUUGGCCAUGGGGCGAUGAGAUCCUGAACUAAGGCUGCGGUGGAGAAGGAUUGAACACAUUGUGGCCCGGAAUGACUUACCUACACUAAGAUCCUGUAUUUUUCCCUCACGAAUGAAGUUGGGCCCAGUUCAUUUGUGCUAAGCGAGUACCUAGCUCCCUGCUGCCAACUGCCAGACUCCAGAGUGUGCAGGAGUGUGCAACGCAGCCUCCGCCACGCAGACGGCGGAUUCCCGAUGGGCGGCCCGGGCCUCUCUAGCUGCCGUCUCUAUGGUUCAGGGAAUCUCCAGGUCGCAGCUUGACCAGUCGGGAUUUGCGCGUGCGCGAGCCCAGGCGCGUGCCCGACCUAUCGCAACUGUCGGGCUGUCGGGCGGUCGGGCUGGGCGGGAGGGGCGGGUCCGGAGCGUUGUGGCGGCGGCGGCGGCGGCCGCGGUCCCCGCACCCUGGCUGCUCUCCGGCAGAGGCUGCGCGGCUGAACCCUCGGUCUCCUCGGGCGGCGGCCACUCGGCCCUCAGAUGGUGGGGCCGGAGGAUGCUGCAGCCUGCUCGAGAAGAAACGCCAAGCUGCUCCCGGCGCCGGCGCAGGAGCCCGCGGACCCGGACAGCAAGAUGAUCCCGGCCACCCGCAGGCUUGGUGGCGGCGUCGGCGCGGCGGAGACCCCGGAGGAGGAGGGGGAGGAGGAGGAGGAGACGCCGCCGCCCGGGCAGCGCCUCCAGCCUCACCUGGCGGCGGCCGAGGGACCGCGGGAGCGGGGGCUGUGUGACUGUCAGCUCCCCGCCGGCCCGGCCGGGGCCCCGCCCGCGGCCGCCUCGCGCCCCGCCGCCGGUCCUCAGGGCUCCAAGUACCGCGUCGCGGAGGCGGAGGACGCUUGCGCGCCGCGAUUGGGCGGCAUGACCAACGGGGACUCGGGCUUCCUGCUGGGCCAGGACCGUGGCCGCCCGGCGGAGGCUCGCGUCGGCGGCGUCCCGGAGCCGCGCUGCCGCCGCCUCCGCCUGGAGGGGCCCGGGGACCAGGGUGCGGGCGGUGCGGACAGUGCGUCCGACUGGGCCGCGCCGCUCGAGGACCCGCUGCGGAGCUGCUGCCUGGCGGCUGCGGACGCCGACAAUGACUCGGGGGCCAGCGAGGACUCGGAGCCGCCCACAGCCAGCCCCGCGGGGUUCGAGGAGGGCGAGCCCGCCGCCACCUCGGCCGGGAGGACUAGCGGGGACGCCGAACCGAGCCUCGGCUUCCCGGACGGUCGCUUGAACUCCCGGAAUACGUUCGAGGUGAGCCGCCGGACCAGCACCGACGACCCCCUGCCCCCGGCGGAGCGGCCAGUGCCAUCGCCUGGCAUGGAGCAGGGCCCCGCGGGGACCUCCACCCGGGCUCGGCGGGGUGGAGGCUUUGCGGACUUCUUCGCCAGAAACCUUUUUCCUAAAAGGACAAAGGAACUCAAAUCAGUUGUUCAUAGUGCUCCUGGUUGGAAAUUAUUUGGAAAAGUCCCUCCCAGAGAGAAUCUCCAGAAAACUUCCAAAAUCAUUCAGCAGGAAUAUGAAGCACGAACAGGAAGGACAUGUAAACCACCACCUCAGUCUUCACGACGUAAGAAUUUUGAAUUUGAGCCACUUUCUACCACAGCCCUGAUUCUGGAGGAUCGACCAUCAAAUCUUCCUGCUAAAUCUGUGGAAGAAGCUUUACGUCACCGACAAGAAUAUGAUGAAAUGGUGGCUGAGGCUAAAAAAAGAGAAAUAAAAGAAGCACAUAAAAGAAAAAGAAUAAUGAAAGAGCGAUUUAAACAGGAAGAAAACAUUGCAAGUGCAAUGGUAAUUUGGAUCAAUGAAAUACUGCCCAACUGGGAAGUGAUGCGUAGUACAAGAAGAGUUCGAGAAUUGUGGUGGCAGGGAUUGCCCCCUAGUGUUCGUGGGAAAGUAUGGAGUCUAGCUGUAGGAAAUGAACUAAAUAUCACUCCUGAACUUUAUGAGAUCUUCCUUUCAAGAGCAAAAGAACGAUGGAAAAGCUUCAGUGAAACAAGUUCGGAUAAUGAUAUAGAAGGUAUAUCUGUUGCUGACCGAGAGGCCAGUCUGGAAUUAAUUAAGUUGGACAUAUCCCGUACAUUUCCAUCUCUCUACAUCUUUCAGAAGGGUGGCCCAUAUCAUGAUGUUUUACAUAGUAUCUUAGGGGCAUAUACAUGUUACAGACCUGAUGUUGGUUAUGUCCAAGGGAUGUCCUUCAUUGCAGCAGUACUCAUUCUCAAUUUAGAAGAGGCAGAUGCCUUCAUUGCAUUUGCAAAUCUCUUGAACAAGCCAUGCCAACUGGCCUUUUUCCGUGUUGAUCACACCAUGAUGCUGAAAUAUUUUGCAACAUUUGAAGUAUUCUUUGAAGAAAACCUCUCCAAACUAUUUCUUCAUUUUAAAUCUUACAGUCUUACACCAGAUAUAUAUUUAAUAGACUGGAUCUUCACACUGUAUAGCAAAUCUCUACCACUUGAUCUGGCUUGUCGAGUCUGGGAUGUAUUUUGUAGAGAUGGGGAGGAGUUUUUAUUUAGGACUGGACUAGGAAUCCUCCGGUUAUAUGAAGAUAUUCUCCUACAGAUGGAUUUUAUUCAUAUAGCACAGUUUCUAACCAAAUUGCCAGAAGAUAUCACAUCAGAGAAGCUGUUCAGCUGUAUUGCAGCCAUUCAGAUGCAGAAUAGCACCAAAAAAUGGACUCAGGUCUUUGCUUCUGUAACGAAGGAUAUUAAAGAAGGAGAGAAGAACUGCAGUCCUGCUCCGAAAAGUUGGGGAAAAUUUGAGUUAUCUGGGAACUUGGAAGUGUUGGUGGGAUAUUAUUUUUAUUUAAGGUGUUUUUGAAGGGAAGAUAAUUCUCAUCACUACAAGAAUUUUAGCCUUUUUAUUUCUAGUCAAACAUUGUUUAUCUUGUAAUUUAGUAUUAAACAAGCUAAAUAUUUGGUAGAUGAAAGUUCUUUUUGCACUUUAUUGGACUGAAGACUUGACUUUGGGAAUAAGUCCAAAAAUAUAAAGGAGAUUUAAUUUCAUUGAUAAGAAUAAAAAGUAAUGAAUUCUAAGUUUUUAAAUAUCAUACUGUGUCACAAGACUUUACUUUUUUCUAGAUAAAUUCCUCCUCUGUAGAAAUGAAAUUUAUUAAUUCCAGUUUGGAAUUUGAAAUCUUACACAUUUCCAAAUCCAUGACUUGUAUAACACUAUAAUUUUUCUAAUCAAUGAAAGUAAGAGUAAAAUUAAUUUUUUUCUGAGUCUGACGGCAUAGUAGAAAAGGAAAUUGUUAAUCAUUGGUAAAUUUAUUACAGUGAAUUUUUUAGCAUAAACUAAAUCAUUUUUGAAUGUUGAGUAAAUCUAAAUCAUUUGAAUGUUGAGUAAAUCUAUAUAACAUACCACUUGGUUAAUAAUUAGUUUAUAUUUUUAUGUUGCAGUUUGGUUUGAAACUAUUUAAACACACAAUUUAUGUUAGUGGUAUAGUAUAUUCUUCAAACUAACAAGCCUGAGAUCCUUGUUAGUGUAGUGACUGCCUCUUUAGGAGUAUGGGUCCAGAGGGUGCCCAUUUAUUUUUACCCUAUGGGUCAUUCUAGCCUAGGGGACUACUACUGGUGGAACCCUCAGAAGUUAACUCCUGUCAUAGGGGAUAGCUUAGUGGAAACUGGUAGUGUAAUAACAUAUUGAGGAAAUCGUCCAGGGUCUUAAUAGGUUUAGGAUGACCUCUUAACUCUGGUAACUAUUUCCUUGGUAUUCCUAUCCCUGAUAGAGGGAAAUGUAUCCUCUGGCAGUAAUCUCAUUGAGGUUUUAUUACCUGCCUAUAUUUAAUAUUACUUUUAUGUAUUUGUUUCUGAGGUAGACCUAAGUUCCUGUGUUUCUUUUUCUUAUCUUUUUUAUUGUACAGUUUCUUUACCUUGAAGUAUAAAUGUAUAUAUAAAAUGUAAAUAUAAAGAGUUCACUAAAAACCACUAGUAACAGUUACUGUGUAAAUAAAACAUAUAAGCAGAAUUAUUAUUUGAAAUGAGUGUUCAUUACUUUGAAGAUGUCUAAUUUAGUUAACCACAUCUGUAGAAAAACAGGAAUAUACUCUUUUGAGGAGGGUGGGGUAGGAAGAGGUGUCAGUUUCUCUUCCAAGGGAAGCAAUAAGCCUUCAGUCUUUUGAGACAGUCAGUACUGGCAGCUAAAAUAUUAUAUUAUCUUUCCUUUUAACCUCAUACAUAAGUAAACACAUGGUCUUUGACAGGUUUUUGUCUUUUGGUUAAAUAUAUUUUUCCUAAAAUAACCAAGAUAAUGUGAAAUUUAAUGUUAUUUCUGUUGCUAUCUACUUGAAUAUGUUGCCUUUUCCUUUCAUUAUUCCUUUGGUCUGUUAUUCUUUUAUUAUUCCUUUAUUAUUCCAGGCUACUGUGCAUUAUUAAGUGUACUGAAAGACUCAAAUAACUCAUUUUCUAAAGUCAGACCUUUGUUCAUUUCUUUGGCAUUAAAGACUUAUGUAAUGCUACUGGUUUGAGUAUAUUUGGCUAUACAAAAGUUAGGCAACAUAACAUUUGCAAAGUGACACUGAAAUUUUACACUGAAAAUUUAAAAGCUUCUGACUUUCAGAUAACAGCUUUCAUGUAGGAUGGGAAUUAAUACAAUGGCCAACUAGUUAUUUAGAGUUCAUACAAUUGGAGGAUAUAAUUCUAAAGCGCAAAAUUAUGUUAAUUUUUUUUACUUCAUAAUGCCAUACAGUUUAUUUUUACUUUCCUAUUUUUGUUUCGGUAAAUUAAAAUUAUUGGCCAGGAGCAUAUUAUUCAUAUAACAGGGUUUAUUAAAAAAUUAAAAAGAAACAAAAAUGAUGUGAGGUAGCAUUGGAAAAUAUUAGGUUUCAAUUUAACUUACUGACAACUUGUGUUAGAAACUCUAGGAAAUAAAACUGAUGUUUGAUGUAUGUAUUGAACUCAUGUUGUUUUGCUGUUUUGUCAAUCACUAUCUAAAAGAUGAAUUGUCAUAGUAAAACCUUACUAAUUAAAAACUGUUUCACAAUAUGUGAAAACUAAAAUGAAGUCAUUUCAAUUUAUCAGGGAAACUGGCCAUUUCAAAAAAGCUGCCAUGCUCUUUAAAAAUAUUGUUUACCAAGUGCAAUUGCAAUAGAAACAAAGGAUAUGGAAAUUUGAAUUUAUCCAAUAGCACUUGUUAAGCACUGAUUAUGUGCCGAUUUCUGCCUCUUUAUAUUUUGUUAAAUUAUUUAAAGUUGUAAGACUUGAGAAUCUAGCAAAAUUGCCUCUCUUUCCAAACAUUUGGCUGUUUAUAUUGUCAUUUUGUCCCAAUUACUAAUGUUUUACUGUAUACAUUUUUUUUUGUGGGCUAAGUUUGUUUUCUAAAAUGCUAGGAAGGAAAUUUGACUUUUUAGAAAACAGCAUUGCAGGUGUUUAAUUUAUUGAACAUUAAACAGAACGGUCAUGACUUAAAAGUAAAAUGACUUUUGUACUCAUAUAAAUGUAUUUGGAAAAUCAUUUUUGUAAUAAAAAUCUAAAUGAUAAACUAAGA